AUGGCAUCUUCAGAGCUGAACGAUCGCAUACCAUCUCAGCAGGAGUUUGACAAAGUGUCGAAGGAUGUGCGCACCCGCGCUCGAAGUGGCGAAGAGAAGGUCGCAAACAAAGCAACACACAUCGAGCAAGCUGCGCGAGAUGCGCCACCCACACAGACUUCGAAUGCUUCCCUCCACCGACCUCCUCUGGACAACAGCGACGCCAUGCCCCUCGGAGCCCAGCACCACAUAGCAUCCUUCCUCUCCUCCACCUCCUGCCCUUUCAUCCCCACCGACGAAAUCGCCACCGUCCUCAAGAACUCCCAGUACAUCAACCAAAAGCGCAAGAUCCUCAGCCGUACCCUCAUCCCCCCUGCCCUCACACCAUGCGCCGCACCCGCACCGUCGAAAGAUCCACCCAACAACCCACCAAUUUUCGCCGAACGGCUCCUGGACCUCCCAGCCGAGCUCUUCGCAGUUACCAUGGCUCUCUUGCCACCCGCCGAUGUGAUAGCGCUGAGUUUCACCAGCAAGACCUUCUACAACACGCUCAACUAUCAACUCAUCGACCUCUGGAACCUCGUCCUCGCCUCAGAUCUCUACGACCACUACCCCAAGCAGAAAUUCGCCUACGCCAUCAAUCGCCAGCGCUACGACAUCUGCCGGCGCCUUCGUCGAGACAAAAUGGCUCACCUCGUAACACUCGAAAACCCCUCGGCGGACCUCAUACUCUGCAGCGCGUGCACGAAAUUCCAUCCAAAGCGCUUCUUCACCCCCUCGCAACUUAGCACACCACCCCACCAGCGCAGCUGCCUCGCCACAACAGCGCCCCUCACCUUCUGCGCCCACUGGUCCGAAACGCUCCAGACCCUCCGCCAGCGUAACGAGGACGCGCGCUGUAACCCUACGCCCUGGCACACUUUCCACGCGGAAACGUGUCAGCAUCCAUCGCAUUAUACGCCCUCCGGCGAAGUCGAUAGUCCACCCCCAGUCCUGCGCCAACUGGGCGGCUGCCAAAAGGUCACCAAGACAGUCCGGAUUGGUCAUAUUGAUGACUACGAUCUGAUCACACGUGAAAUUGUGCAGAUGACGCUUGAGAAGGAGCCGAUGUCGGGGGUGGAGGUCUGUCAGCAUGUUAGAGUCGGGGAUGAGGUGGUCGCCUCAAGCUUUAUGCGGAGGGAAGGCAGUGAGCAGAGGCCUGAGGACGCGUGGAGAGGGUGUGAGAUGCCGACAUUCGAGGUUGGAGGGUGUGGGGAGUGUGGGAUGAUGUGGCAGUUUAGGAUUAGGGAUGUGGGUGGGUUGGGGAUGGCGGGGAGGUAUGAGUUGCAGUUGGUUGUGGAUUGGGAGGUGAAGGCGGUGAAGAAGGCGUGGAGUCGGGAGUGGUUGAGGUGGGUGGAGGGUGGAGGGAAGUUGAUGGAGUUGUUGUGA